AAAACAGCCCGCGCACAGCUAAAACAUUUGCGUAGUUUUAUACCUAAUCAAAUUCAAGUUGUAUAUAAGCAAACAAAAUACUGCAUGACAUAGUUAAGCACACACAUAACACACACGCACACCCUAUUCUACGUGCAAGCAGCGACGCUCCCAAUAAGAACGCGCCAACAACAACAAUAAAAAGCCAACAACAAGCGGCUUAUCAACAACAGCAGCAGCAACAGCAGCAGCGACAGCAACAACAACAGUCAACGAUUGUCGCGAUCCGCACACAACGCUGUGUGCUGACUAAUUUCUGUUGAUUCUGUGACGUGUCCCAGUUACCACGAUUGCAAUGUGCGGCUCACCCAAUAUAGCUGCCGGCAGCGGCGCCCGGGCACUCAUCCUGGUGGGCGGCUAUGGCACACGACUGCGUCCGCUGACGCUGAGCACACCCAAGCCCCUGGUGGAGUUCGCCAACAAGCCCAUAUUGCUGCAUCAGCUGGAGGCGCUCGUCGAUGCGGGCUGUCGUCAAGUCAUAUUGGCGGUCAGCUAUCGGGCCGAGCAAAUGGAGCAGGAACUGAAAGUGGAAGCGGACAAAUUGGGCGUCGAGUUGAUCUUUUCACAUGAAAGCGAACCCCUGGGCACAGCCGGCCCCCUGGCGCUGGCCAAGCCACUAUUGACAGCCAGUGCGGAACCAUUCUUUGUCCUUAACUCGGAUGUUAUUUGUGAUUUCCCGUUCAAGCAGCUAAUGCAGUUCCAUCGCAAUCAUGGCAAACAAGGCACCAUUGUGGUGACCAAAGUCGAGGAGCCCUCCAAAUAUGGUGUUGUGCUCUACGAUGAGCUCGGCUGCAUUAAGAAUUUCAUUGAGAAACCGCAAGAGUUUGUCAGCAACAAAAUCAACGCGGGCAUUUACAUAUUCAAUCCCACCGUGCUGGACCGCAUCGAGGUGAAGCCCACGUCUAUUGAGAAGGAAGUGUUUCCGGACAUGGCGCUGCAGCAGGAGCUCUAUGCCAUGGAACUGAACGGUUUCUGGAUGGAUAUUGGACAACCCAAAGACUUUCUUACCGGUAUGUGCCUCUACCUCAGCUCGCUGCGACAGAAGCAAUCGACCAAGCUGUACACAGGAUCCGGCGUCGUUGGCAAUGUGCUGGUCGAUCCGUCGGCCAAGAUUGGCGAGGGCUGUCGCAUCGGACCAAAUGUAACCAUUGGGCCCGAUGUGGUCAUCGAAGAUGGCGUUUGCAUCAAGCGUUCGACCAUACUGAAAGGUGCCAUUGUACGCUCGCACUCCUGGCUGGACUCCUGCAUUGUGGGCUGGCGCAGCACCGUCGGGCGCUGGGUGCGCAUCGAGGGCAUCACCGUACUGGGCGAGGAUGUUAUCGUUAAGGACGAGCUGUACGUGAACGGCGGCCAGGUGCUGCCGCACAAGAGCAUUGCGGCUAGCGUGCCCGAGCCCCAGAUCAUCAUGUGAAUCUGGAAGCAGUUACUCCAAUUAGUGUGGCCUACUGUAAAUAUUAUUAAUUAUUUCAUUUUCGUAUGCGACAUUUGCCUUGUCUCUGUUUAAAUGUUUCUAACGUUUAAGCCGAAUGUUUGUCAAUAUUCUAAACACAAAAACAACAAAAAAAAAAAAAAAA